UCUUUGUGUGUAUGAUUACUGCUCGUUAAUUCAGUUUGUUUGAGUUCUCAAGUGAUCGGAUUUUUUUUGCUGCCAUGAUUGUCGAAUUGGAUUGUUUGUUUCUCCACUUGGAAUUAUGGAAGAAUGGCUGGUUGAUCGGAAGAGGAUACUUGGAGGUCACUUAUCAUUAACAUUCUCAUUUCAGAGGUUGGUUACUUGGAGGUCAGAAAGAUUUACGAAAUCCUCUCCAAGUCCACUCUCUCCAGAGAGCGGAUAUAUAUUUGGGCGGCUAUCAGGUCCUGCUGUUUGCUUGGGGAGCAAUUGUGCAGUCUUUUGAGAAUGACCAUAUAUUCCAUGGUGAUGCAGCCCAAACAAUAAUCCAAAAUGUGACUUACGAAAUCUCUUAGCAUAGAAAGCAUGUGCAUAAGAUUCAGCAACAGCUAGCAGAACUGGAGCGCAAGGAAACUGAUAUGAAAAGGAGCGCAGCUUUAUCAGCAGCUAAAUAUCUGGAGUCUUGU